CGGGCCGCCCUAUCUCCUCUGCAGCAGUGCACGUGCUUCUCUGUGCAUGUGAAAUUUUCCCUUUGAUGUGAGACAGAAAUUCACUCCCAAUCUACGCAUGCUGCUGACACACAUUAGGGUGUUUUUUUUUUUUUUGGGAGCCUCUAUAUAUACACCACACACUUGGAGACUGCCAUUGAAGAAAGAAACAGAACCCAGGAGCCAGAGGGGGAAGCAAAUUCGCUUCCACCUGUUCUGGAACCUGAUUUGCAUGCCAUCCUGGUGUCAUAAAAAAAAAAAAAAACUCUGGUUUUAACAAAAGAGCUGUACCUUCAUUUAUAUAUAUAGAGGGAUAGAUCAAGGCUUGCAAUGGGGGAAUCCGAAGGAGUUGCUGCGAAAGAGACCGCCUCUACCAAUUCUCAGAUGGGUAAAGCUUCUCCGAAUGGCGCAUCUCCUAACGGGGUUAACCGCAUGAAGAAAUUCGACAACGAAGGGGAAUUUGACCUGAGUGCUCCUCCUCCGUUUAAGAUAGCCGAGAUUCGAGCUGCCAUUCCCAAGCACUGUUGGGUGAAGGACCCAUGGAAGUCUCUGAGUUAUGUGUUCAGGGAUGUCCUUGUGGUUAUUGGGUUUGCAGCUAUUGCAAUUUACUUCAACAAUUGGGCUGUUUGGCCACUUUACUGGGCUGCCCAGGGAACCAUGUUUUGGGCACUAUUUGUGCUUGGUCAUGAUUGCGGCCACGGAAGCUUUUCAGACAGUCCCUUGCUGAACAGUGUUGUUGGGCAUCUCCUGCAUUCUUCAAUUCUUGUACCUUAUCAUGGCUGGAGAAUUAGCCACAGAACCCACCAUCAGAACCAUGGAAAUGUUGAACAUGAUGAAUCAUGGGUACCGUUGAGCGAGGGUACAUACAAGUCUUUGGAUAUUUCCACCAAAUUUUUCCGGUUUAAAGUGCCAUUCCCCUUGUUUGCAUACCCCAUAUAUUUGUGGACUAGGAGUCCGGGGAAGAAGGGUUCUCAUUUCAAUCCUUAUAGUGAUCUGUUCCAUCCCGACGAGAGGAAGUACGUGAUCACUUCAACCAUUUGUUGGACUCUAAUGGUUGGCCUGCUUUACUACCUAUCCAAGCUAAUAGGGCCUGUCGAAAUGCUCAAGAUCUACGGUGUUCCGUACAUGGUUUUUGUUAUGUGGUUGGAUUUUGUUACUUACUUGCAUCACCAUGGCCAUGAGCAGAAGCUUCCUUGGUACCGUGGCAAGGAAUGGAACUACUUAAGGGGAGGGCUUACGACUGUCGACCGUGAUUACGGAAUGUUCAACAGUAUCCAGCAUGACAUAGGAACUCAUGUCGUUCACCAUCUGUUCCCUCAGAUUCCCCAUUAUCACCUAAUAGAAGCGACGAAGGCAGCUAAGCCGGUGCUUGGAAAAUACUACCGGGAGCCAAGAAAAUCACCGGGGCCUAUUCCGUUUCACUUGUUCAGUUAUCUGGUCAGAAGCAUCCAAGAGGACCACUAUGUGAGUGAUACCGGGGACGUUUUGUACUAUCAGAGUGAUCCUCAGUUAUACGGUUUGUAUCAGAGCAAAAGGGGGUGACCCUUUAAUAGAGAAGCCCAGCACUAGUUAAUUUCCCUGCAAAAUGGACAUUACUGUAGAUUCUGGACUCUCUAUUGGAGAAUAUAAGUGUCUCACCAAUAAGACUGUUUCUAUGGUCUUCUUGUGAUA